CGGCGGGGCUUCCGUCCUGGUUAAGAUGGCGGCGCCCGGGGUCCUGAGGAGCGACCGCAGAGGGUGCCGCCGCCCUCUGCGAGGUCGGGCCGCCCUGCGCGGAAGAAUCGCCCCCCGCAGCACCACCGCCGCAGCCUAGUAGAGAAUUUCGGGCCCCGCCCGGGACGGUAGCCGCACCAUGGAAUCUUCCAGUUCAUCUAACUCUAGCUUCUCCGUGGGCUCCGCCAGUCCCGGCGCAGUCGUGCUCCUCUACUCGCCUGUUGAACAGCGCCUGGUACGUCGUGGGCUCUCCCUAACUGUCUGUGGAAUGAAUGGGUCCUCCAGAGCCGUCGAAGAGGAGAAGGAGCUCAAAAAAUGGGAUGAAUUUGAAGAUAUUUUAGAGGAGAGGAGGCAUGUCAGUGACUUGAAAUUUGCAAUGAAAUGCUACACACCUCUUAUCUAUAAGGGAAUUACUCCUUGCACGCCAAGUGACAUUAAACACAGUGUUCUCAAUUCUGAAGAGGUUCAUUAUGUCAUUAAACAGCUUUCCAAGGAGUCCCUUCAACCUGUCGAUGUCCUCCGAGAGCAAGUUUGUGAGAUCUUGGAUGAAAUGAGCCACAAACUGCGUCUGGGAGCCAUCCGUUUUUUUGCUUUUGCCCUGAGCAAAAUAUUUAAACAGAUUUUCUCAAAAGUGUGUGUAAAUGAAGAAGGUAUUCAGAAACUGCAGCGAGCUAUCCAGGAGCACCCGGUUGUCCUGCUGCCCAGUCAUCGAAGUUACAUUGACUUUCUGAUGUUGUCUUUUCUCUUAUACAACUAUGAUUUGCCUGUACCAGUCAUAGCGGCAGGAAUGGACUUCCUCGGAAUGAAAAUGGUCAGCGAGCUGCUGCGGAUGUCGGGUGCCUUUUUCAUGCGGCGCACUUUUGGUGGCAAUAAACUUUACUGGGCUGUGUUCUCUGAAUACGUGAAAACCAUGUUACGGAAUGGUUAUGCUCCUGUUGAAUUUUUCCUCGAAGGGACAAGAAGUCGCUCUGCCAAGACACUGACCCCGAAAUUCGGUCUUCUGAAUAUUGUGAUGGAACCAUUUUUUAAAAGAGAAGUCUUUGAUACCUACCUUGUUCCAAUUAGCAUCAGUUACGAUAAGAUAUUGGAGGAAACUCUUUACGCGUAUGAGCUCCUGGGGGUGCCUAAACCGAAGGAGUCCACAACUGGAUUGUUGAAAGCCAGGAAGAUUCUCUCUGAAAAUUUUGGAAAUAUCCACGUGUACUUUGGAGACCCCGUGUCACUUCGAUCUCUGGCAGCUGGGAGGAUGAGUCGGAGCCCAUACAACCUGGUUCCAAGGUAUAUCCCUCAGAAACAGUCGGAGGACAUGCAUGCCUUUGUCACUGAAGUCGCCUAUAAAAUGGAGCUUCUGCAAAUCCAGAACCUGGCUCUGAGCCCAUGGUCCCUCGUGGCCACUGUGCUGCUUCAGAGCCGACCUUCCAUGGACUUUGACGCUCUGGUGGAGAAGACUGUGUGGCUGAAAGGCUUAACCCAGGCCUUCGGGGGGUUUCUCGUGUGGCCCGAUAACAAACCUGCCGAAGAGGUUAUCCAGUCCCACCUUCUUCUGCACUCCAACAUCGCCAGCCUUGUCAAAGACCAGGUGGUUCUGAAUGUGGGCUCCGGAGACUCAGAAGGGGCCCAUGGACUUCUUCUCCAGCACAUCACUCUCCUCCUGUGCUCGGCCUAUAGGAACCAGUUGCUCAACAUUUUUGUCCGCCCUUCCUUAGUAGCCAUGGCACUGCACAUGACACCUGGGUUGCGGAAAGAGGAUGUCUACAGUUGCUUUCGCUUCCUGGUCAGUGUUUUUUCGGAUGAGUUCAUCUUCCUUCCGGGAAACACAAUCAAGGACUUUGAAGAAGGCUGUUACCUGCUCUGUAAAAGCGAGACAGUACAAGUGACAACAAGGGACAUCCUAGUUACAGAGAAAGGAAAAACUGUGUUAGAAUUUUUAAUCAGCCUCUUUAAGCCUUUUGUGGAAUGUUACCAGAUAAUCUGCAAAUACCUCUUGCGUGAAGAAGACGACGACUUCACUGAGAAACAGUACUUGGAUAGAGUUAGGAAAUUCACCAGUGAGCUUCUUGAUCAAGGUGCCUCGCAGUGUUAUCAAGUAUUGUCUUCCGAUGUACAGAAAAAUGCGUUAGCAGCUCUUGUGAGGUUAGGAGCAGUGGAGAAGAAGAAAGGAAAUAGUGACAAUGUAUUUAAUGUGAAUGAACCCACCAUGACGAAAUUAGAGGAAAUGCUUGGUUGUAAGAUACCCGUAGGAAAGCCAGUAACUGCAAAACUUUAAUAUUUGCCAAACAGUUAUGGGAAAUUUGGUCACAUAUUUGCUGUCAUCCAAGGACUCAUUCCAACAAGCAGAGACGUGACAGAAGAGAGCCGUCUGCUCGGGCUUCAUGAGACAUGAGAGCUGUGGGCUCGGCAGAGAGGAGGAGGUGGCCCGUAUGAGCAGUCAGUGUAACUGUCUCCACCGUGACGGCUAAAAGGCAUUUGUGUCCGAUUGUGUGUGUGUUUUAAAAUAAAAUAGUCUUUUGGAAACCUGUUUGGAAAAACAAA